CCGCAAUAGCAUGUCCUCCAUCCACGAUAACAUGAAACGCCGGGUACGAUCAAUAACCCACAACACACAAAACGAGAUAGCUUUUGUCGAUGCCGUAAAAGGACCGGACGAUUUGAUAGUAAUUUUCUGUCGUCGUCGAUUCUACGAGCAUCUCACUUGGGAAGAAUACAAGGCAAUCGGAGAGCCAGCAAUAACAGCGACUGUCAGGUCUGGGUGGAGCUGCAUGGAGAUGGACCGAUUAGGAGAGUCAAUACGUCAAGGGAAAUUCAAUAAAUCGGAGCUGGAUAGACUCCGUGAAGAAGCCAAAGAUAAGCAUAGAUGGAUCUCUACACGCGAACAUUCUGAGCCUGUUAGUGUGUUUGAUUGAAUGAGCGGUGGAAUAGCCAACUGGUUAUGUGCGAUACAUGGGGUUUGUUGUUUACUAGAUGCCGAUAACCCUUGUCAUUGUGUUCAUGGAAUAUCCAGGCAGUGCAGAAAUACUUCCUUCUCAAUCUG